AGUCAUCUGAAGGGCAAAUAAAAACCUGUGAUAUCACACUUUCCAGGCUGUUUGUUCCGUUAAAAAUAACAUUUCUCCUACAUCUAGCAUGAGCUUAUUAUUAAGAGAGUGAGGUCAGACUAAUUGCUUUUUCCAUUGUGGUUCUACUCUCUCAAGCCAAGAAAGAUGACUCGAAAGCUUACUGCUUGUGCUAUGGGUUUCGUUUUCAUAUCAUCUAUAAUAGUACAGAAUUCAGCUUAUUUAACAAUCAUAGAGAGAGGACUUCGCGCAUGUAAAAGCAGUGCUAAUUCAAACGAAGAUGACAGCAGAGUUCGAAGAUGGGGAUGGUGGCCCCCUGUAAUAACUCAGGUUUGAAAAGUUUCUAGUUACCCUUUCCUUCGACAGUUCCAAUGGACUUAAAUGUAGCGAGGCUCACACUUCAAUUAUGUGUAAGCGUCCUUUACGGAAGUUUCGAACAUCUCUAAUUUCGUCAUUUUUAGGAUUCUAAACCCUACAUGGGGAGAAGAUGUACAUUGCAUGAUUAAUUCUUCACCGACAAUUAUCCUCGUUUCAAAGAAGUACUGAAAUAUGACACUCUUAAUACCACUAAGCCUGCUUUAUUCGUGGACUUAUCAAUGGCGGAUGUAAGGGAGGGGCCCGGGGGGCCCGCUCCCCUUCCCCCGCCUUAUUUUGCGUGGAAAAAAAAAAAAAAAGAAUCGCAGAGGGAAGAAAAGCCGGCAGGGCAAGCGACAAAAAACCAGGUCCCCCCUUAGCUCAAGGUCUGGAUCCGCCACUGCUCAUGUAUGGCAAUAUGUUGAUUUUUCUUAUUGUGUUCGUCAAGAUUAAUCAUUUAUUAAGGAUUUAGUGCAACUUACAAAAAUGCACAAUAAAAAAUCCAGUUAUCCAUUUUGGAAUCGAUUUUUCCUAUUGAUAAAGCUUGCUAUGCAGGUGCAAAUCUGAAAUGUUGAAUCGUCAUAGUCAUCUAGGUAAUUUGGUCUUUAUAGUAAAGUGAAUUUAAAAUAGUUCCUAAGCUAUAAUCAAGCUUUAGAGUGUAAGGGAAAAGUUACUCCUAUUUCUUUUCUUUUUCCAGUAUUAAAGUUAAGCAAUGGUUAGAGAUUUUGCAAUUAGCAAUUAUUUGACCAGGCUUUUUUCGACAAACUCUCUGACAAGACCAAUAUUGCUCAUUUUCCAAAGAUCUUGGACUGUCAGUGACUAAGUUUUACAGUUCUGAGAGAGAGCGGGAACCUUAUAGUAUGAAGUCUUUCGAACUUCAUGACUUAUUCCGGCUGUCAUUUUUUUUUUGCCCCAUUAUGUGUUAUCGUGGUAUAGCAUAUUAACCAAGACAAUACCCUCUUAAUACUGACUUUCCUACCGAAAAAACUAAUAACAGUCACUAACAAAAUAUGAUUUUGUUGCAUCUUCUUGCACUUACCCAACUUCUUUCAGCCUGUAUUUGUAUUGAAUCUGACGAACAAAUUUUUUUUGUUAAAUCUCUUGUAAACAUGCAUCAUUUUUUUCUGUUUUUCUCUCAUCAGCGAGAUUGUGACAUAUACCGAAAUAUUCUCUGUAAUAGUAAAAUAUUUCAAGGUACUCUUGGGAAGGUUCCCUCAAAUCCUACUUCUUCUCCAUCUUCACAACCACCUGUUGGCCGUCUUCCGAGAAAGCGUCGUUCAAGUUCCUCGAUCAGGAAGGACUUCGAGGCCAUCAAUAUGGUGGAAAACAAUUGGGCAGUCCCCCAAAAAGACGACUGAGUGCAUAAUAAACAGGAUUUGACUUAAAAUGACGAUGUUGACAAAUGCUUCCAUGAACGCACAGAUAUGUUUAGAACGUUUAAUGUAUUAUUCAGUACUUUGACUUGGCUGCCUUACUCUUGCGUUACCUUCAGAAUGUGACAUGUACACUGAUUGCUUUAAAAUCUCGACCUAAAAAUAAAAUAAAUAAUAAAAGAAACAAAC